UCUUAACCCAAAUUCUCUCUCGAUUCCGUUAUCGGGUCGUCCCUUUUUGGCUCUCGACGAAACUAUCCGAAACCCUAAAGGAGCCGGAUCCUCCGAUCGGACUCUGAAGAUUUGGAGCAGGAAAGGAUAACUAAAAAGCUAAUCUCGCUCAACAAUCUAGAUUGUGAUUCACCACUACUAUAUGCAAUGGAAGUGUCAAAUGAGUCAACUAUAAAGAAACCUAAGAGGUUGACAUCUGUUGUAUGGAAUCACUUUGAAAGAGUUAGAAAGGCUGACAUAUGUUAUGCUGUUUGUGUUCAUUGUAAUAAGAAACUCAGUGGAUCAAGUAAUAGUGGAACAACCCACCUGAGAAAUCAUUUAAUGCGCUGUCUGAAAAGAUCUAAUUAUGAUGUAUCUCAACUGCUGGCAGCAAAGAGAAGGAAAAAGGAAAGCUCCAUUUCCAUUUCAAAUAUCAGUUUUGAUGAAAGUCAAAGAAAAGAUGAGUAUAUCAAGCCAACAAUUGUUAAAUUUGAUCAAGAUCAGAGAAGAGAUGAAGUUAUUAGCCAUGGAAGUAGUAAGUUCGAUCAAGAAAGGAGUAGGCUUGAUCUUGCACGGAUGAUUAUAUUACACGGUUACCCAUUAACCAUGGUUGAUCAUGUUGGAUUCAAAGUUUUUGUCAAGAAUCUUCAACCACAAUUUGAAGUUGUGCCAAAUAACGAUAUCGAGAUUUCUUGUGUUGAAAUUUAUAGUAGAGAGAAACAGAAAGUAUUUGAGAUGAUAAGCAAAUUGCAUGGGAGAAUUAACCUUUCUGUUGAAAUGUGGUCUUCGCCAGACAAUGCUGAUUAUUUGUGUUUGACAGCUCAUUACAUUGAUGAUGAUUGGAAAUUACAUAGGAAAAUUCUGAAUUUUGUCACACUUGAUUCUUCUCAUACUCGAGACAUGCUCUCAGAAGUAAUUAUUAAGUGCUUAAUGAGCUGGGAGAUUGAAUUUAAGUUGUUUGCCAUGACAUUUGAUGAUUGUUCUACCGAUGAUGAUAUUGUUGUCAGAAUUAAAGACCGGAUCUCCCAAAGCAGACCUCACUUGAGUAACAGCCAAUUGUUUGAUGUACGCUCUGCUGCACAUGUUCUAAAUUUGAUUGUUCAAGAUGCCAUUGAAGCAUUUAGAGGGGUAAUUCAAAAGAUUCAAGGUAGCAUUAGAUAUGUAAAGACUUCACAAGCAAAUCAAGGAAAAUUCAACGAUAUUUGUCAGCAUGUUGGAGUCAACAGCCAGAAGAACUUAGUUCUUGAUUCUCCAGUUCAAUGGAACUCUACAUACUUCAUGCUUGAAACUGCCUUGGAAUACAGGGCUGUAUUUUGUCACUUGCGAGACCAUGAUCAUGAGUAUGAAUCAGCUAUAACAGAUGAAGAGUGGGAUUGGACAAGUUCUAUUACCAGCUAUCUGAAACUUUUUGUUGAAAUCACAAGCAUCUUUCCCGGAAAUAAAUGUCCGACAGCAAAUAUUUACUUUCCUGAUAUCUGUGAUAUUCACAUCCAAUUGAUUGAAUGGUGCAAGAGCCCUGAUAGUUUUCUUAGUUCCUUGGCAUCUAAGAUGAAAGCUAAAUUUGAUAAAUAUUGGAGUAAGUGCAGCCUGGCUUUGGCAGUAGCCGCUAUCUUAGAUCCCCGGUUUAAGAUGAAGCUGGUGGAGUAUUACUAUUCCCAAAUAUAUGGUAGUACUGCUCUCGAUCGAAUCAAAGAAGUUUCUGAUAGUAUUAAAGAACUUUUCAGUGCAUAUUCUAUCUGCUCAACUUUGGUUGAUGAAGGCUCAGCAGCGCCCGGAAGUAGCUUACCUACUACUAGCAAUGAUAGUAGAGACAGAUUGAAGGGAUUUGACAAAUUUCUGCAUGAGACUUCACAAAAUCAAAAUUCAGUGUCAGACUUGGACAAAUAUUUGGAGGAACCAGUCUUUCCGCGUAAUUGUGAUUUCAGUGUAUUGAACUGGUGGAAAGUUCACACACCAAGAUACCCAAUCUUGUCCAUGAUGGCACGGGAUGUUCUGGGAACUCCCAUGUCAACUGUUGCACCUGAGUCAGCAUUCAGUUGUGGAGGACGAGUGCUUGAGAGUUGUCAAAGUUUGCUUAGUGCAGAAACCCGACAGGCCUUGAUCUGUACACGGGAUUGGUUGCAAAUGGAAUCAGAUGAUAUCCAGCCCUCCUCAAGUUAUUAUGCUCUACCCCUUUGCGUUGAAGCUAGCUGAUUUCUCCGAGGUAAACUUGGCGUGCCUUUGUUUUUCUUAAUCAUUACUGGGACAUCUUUCUCAUUUUGCUAGUAUGCUUUGUAAUCUACCUACGAUGGAUUCGACCCUGUCAUGCAAGGUUGAUGGAUCUCUCAUCAGGUCUGACAUGGAAGUGUCUGGUUUCUCAAACUUCGACAGUUGGCCUCAUUCUCCAAUCGGGUGUUCUUUUAUUCAAAAAAUUCCGAUAUUACUCUGCAAUCUGCAUGUCCAUAUUCCGCAAUGUGACAGUUUCUAAAUUCACGGAGUUGCACUUCAUAGAGAAGCUUAAAUGUACAUUGUAGGACAGGGACACUUGUGCAAAUAGGUUGGAAGGAUAACUUUGGUUUUGUUUCAAUAUCUCAUGGAGCCCUCUUUUCGUUCUUCCAACGUCUAAGUCUCUGUUUAGCGUAGCUGUUCUUGUAAUUUAUUUGGAGGAAUAAAAGAUUAUGCAGGUGUUUCUCGAGUUUUUUAAAGUUGACACCUUUUGCAAAUAA